AGCUGCUGCUCUGUGAAUGAUUGGCGGAGCGCUGAGAGACCUGCUGCCGCCUUCCUGCGGUUUGCAGACGCCAUGGCUCAGCUGGUGGAGUGUGUCCCCAACUUCUCCGAGGGUCGAAACCAGCAGGUGAUCGAUGCCAUCUCAGCGGCCAUUUCCGGCACCGCGGGCUGCAGCCUGCUGGACGUGGACCCCGGCGCCUCCACCAACCGCACCGUCUACACCUUCGUGGGUCCCCCCGAUGCAGUGGUAGAGGGGGCGCUGAACGCCGCCCGCCAGGCCUUCAGCCUCAUCGACAUGACCAAGCACUCAGGUGAGCAUCCGCGGACCGGAGCGCUGGACGUCUGCCCCUUCAUCCCCGUCCAGAACGUCACCAUGGACGACUGCGUUGGCUGCUCCCGCGCCUUCGGACAGAAGCUGGCGGACAUGCUGCACGUUCCAGUUUACCUCUACGGAGAGGCGGCUGGCACGCCGGCAAGGAGGGCGCUCCCGUCUGUGCGUGCUGGAGAGUACGAGGCUCUUCCUGACAAGCUCAGUCGGCAGGAAUGGACUCCCGACUUCGGCCCGGCCGCCUUCGUGCCGUCGUGGGGCGCCACGGUGACCGGCGCGCGGAAGUUCCUCAUCGCGUACAACGUGAACCUGAUCAGCACCAAGGAGCAGGCUCACCGUGUGGCGCUGGACAUCCGGGAGCAGGGCCGGGGCCAGAACCAGCCCGGCCUGCUGAAGAAGGUCCAGGGGAUGGGCUGGUACCUGGAGGAGGCCAACAUCGCCCAGGUGUCCACCAACAUCCUGGACUAUGAGGUGACCCCCCUCCACGCCGUGUAUGAGGAGGUCUGCAGGGCAGCAGAGGAGCUGAGGCUGCCGCUGGUGGGCUCUCAGAUCGUGGGUCUGAUCCCUUUGAAGGCUCUGCUGGACGCUGCUGACUUCUACAUUCACAGAGAUCAGCUCUUCAUCCUUGAAGAGGAGCACAAAGUCAGACUGGUGGUCAGUAAACUGGGCCUGGACUCCCUCGGCCCGUUCAACCCCAAGGAGAGGAUCAUAGAGUACAUGGUGAAGGGGCAGGAGGAGGGGCAGCUGCGCUCGUUGACCCUGCGGCAGUUUGUUCACAGCGUUGGAGCUCGAACGGCGGCUCCGGGAGGAGGAUCGGUCUCUGCUGCCAUCGCUGCUCUGGGGGCGGCGCUGGGGGCCAUGGUGGGGCAGAUGACCUAUGGGAAGAGGCAGUAUGAAAACCUGGACGGAGUGAUGAGGAAGCUGAUUCCUCCUCUUCAUCGGGCCAUGAACGACUUCCUGCAGAUGGUGGACGCCGACGCGUCCGCCUUCAACAGCUACAUGGCGGCUCUGAAGAUGCCAAAAAACACGGCGGAGGAAAAGAAACGGAGAGAAGACGCCAUGCAGGACGGCCUGCAGCAGGCGCUCGCCGUCCCGGAGGCUCUGGCGGAGCGGAUCAGCGCCCUCUGGCCUCAUCUGAAGGAGAUGGUCGUCCAUGGAAACAUCAGCUGCAAGUCUGACGCUCAGGUCGCAGCCAAAGCUCUGGAGGCGGCUGCCUUUGGAGCGUACUACAACAUCAUGACUAACCUCACCGACGUCACCGACGAGGCCUUCAAAGCAGCGACACACAGGAGAGCGUCCGCUUUGCUUCAGGAGGCCCGAGACGGCGCUGCUGCUGUCCUCCGCGCCGCUGAGACCAGGACCUGAAAGGCCUGAAGGAACUGCAAAUAAAAGCUUCCCUCAAA